AUGGUAAAAUCGGUACUUUGUGGUGAUAAUAUAGAUGUAGAAGUUACGAGGGAUUCCCCUCAGUUGAUUACUUUGAAGCGUUUUUUACAAGAUUUGAAUCAGCAUCUUAUUACUACUUUAGUAUAUGCUAAAUGUAGUGCUUCUGAAAGAAAAGAUAGGGGUAAUCCUAUUCAACCUCAGGAUAUAGAAGACUUUGCUUUUCGCAUAAACUCCUGUGAUCUUGAAGAGGUAAAAUUUAAGGGAAGUCCCUUCACUUGGUGGAAUGGAAGAGCAGAUGAAGCAUGUAUUUUUGAGAGAUUGGAUAGGAUGUUGGUGAAUUCACUGCUUCUGGACAACUUCGGAAAUAUUGAAGUGGAACAUCUUGCAAGAACUGGAUCAGAUCAUGCUCCACUUUUGUGUACCUAUGGUGAUAAGCAUCAGAAUCAGCUCAGACCUUUUAAAUUUCUAUCAUUUUGGAUAGAACAUGCAUCUUUCCUGGAUACAGUCAGGCUGAAUUGGUCCACUUGGGAGCAUGAGGAUCCUUUCAUAAACUUCAAAAGCAAGAUGAAAAAGCUGAAAGGAGUGUUAUCCAAAUGGAGCAGGGAAGUGUUUGGUGAUAUAUUCAAGCAGCUGAUCAUAAGGGAGGAAAUAGUGAGAUUAAAGGAAGAGUUGUUUGAAGAAAAUCCAAGCCAAGUAAAUAGAUGGUUUUGCAGAAAGCUCAGACUGAGACUAAAAGAUAUUUGCAUUAUGAAGAAGAGUAUUGGAGACAAAAAUCAGGCCUGGAUUGUAAAGGGAAGAAGGAGGAAACUGCAGAUCAAAAGAAUUCAAAAUUCAGAUGGUUCAUGGAUUGAGGAUGAUGACCAAAUGGUAGAUGAGGCUGUGCACUUUUAUUCUCAACAAUUUUCACCAGAAGAGUUAAUUGGAGAUGAAAAUUUAUUUUCACACAUUCGUGUUUUGAUUGAUCAAAAUAGAAAUGAUCUACUAUGUCAAAUGCCUAGUGUUGAUGAAGUCAAAAAAGCUGUUUUCAACCUUAGCGGAUCAAGUGCUAGUGGACCUGAUGGUUUUCCUGGAAUUUUCUAUCAGGCAUGUUGGGAUAUUAUUAGUUUGGAUGUAUACAAGAUGGUGGUGGCUUUCUUUCAGGGUCAAACUCUUCCAAAGUCAGUUACUCACACAAAUCUUGUUCUACUACCAAAGAAGGAGUUGGUUCAAAGUUUUGUACAAGGGAGAUGCAUUAUUGAGAAUGUGCUAUUGGCACAAGAAAUAGUGACAGACAUCAGAAAAAGGGGUAAACCAGCAAAUGUAGUGAUCAAAUUGGACAUGGCAAAGGCCUAUGAUAGAGUAUCUUGGUCAUAUUUGAUAAAGGCCAAAGGAUUUUUCCAUUCAACCGGGGUGUCAAACAAAGUGAUCACUUUCACCGCACUCUGUUCAUCUUAUCGGCGAGGUGUUAUCAAGAGCUCUAAAUGCGAGAAUUUGACAAUGCUGAAAGGGGAGUCAUUGAAGAGAAUUAUGAAAGAUGCGCAGGAUUAUGAGGCAAUUUCAGCCUUCAUGUGGAAUAAAUAUUGCAAGAAGAAGAAGCCUACAGAAGUGCAGUGGAAAGGUGGAUCACAAAUGUGGAAAAGAAUGCUAGAAGCAAGGGAUCAGGUGGAUCAACAGAUAUGGUGGGAACCUAGAAAUGGAGCAUGUGAUGUAUGGGAAGAUAAUUGGACUAAACUUGGUUCACUCAAACAGGUAAUACCUCCAGAUUUUCAGAUUGACACCAGCAUUGAAGAAGUAUCAUACUUUAUGAAUGCAGAAGGCUGGGAUGUACAGAAAUUGCAUAACAAGCUGCCAAGUAAUGUGUGUGAUCAUAUCCUAUAA